AUGCCCUUCCACGCCGACAUCCCCCAAUUCCAACCAACAAAUGACGAUAUCGAGCGCACUCAAGCGGAGAAGAAGCACAAGGAAACCCCCACGAUGGCCGUCGACGAGCAAAAGGCUGAGAGCGUUCCAUACCGACAGGACGUCUUUGGCGACGAGGAGCACGCCGAAGUCAAGUACAAAGUCCUCAAAUGGUGGCAAUGCGGACUCCUCAUGGUCGCCGAAACAAUAUCCCUGGGCAUUCUCUCCAUCCCAGCCGCAAUCGCAGGUCUUGGCCUCGUCCCGGCCAUCGUGAUCCUUCUCGUCAUGGGGCUCAUUGCUUCAUAUACGGGCUACGUGAUCGGGCAAUUCAAGUGGCGGUAUCCGCAUGUCGUCAGCAUGGCUGAUGCAGGUGAGGUCCUGAUGGGCCGGUUCGGGCGAGAGGUUCUCUUCGGCGGCCAGAUGCUCUUCUUGAUCUUCCUCAUGGCCAGCCAUAUCUUGACAUUCACAGUGGCAAUGAACAGACUGACCAACCACGGGACAUGUUCUCUUGUCUUUGGGGUUAUUGGGCUGCUGGUUUCUCUUGUGUUUUCCCUGCCCAGGACAAUGAAAAAUAUGUCGUGGCUGUCGCUUGCUUCAUUUAUCAGUAUUUUCACAGCGGUCAUGAUCGCCAUGGUCGCCAUCGGUGUCGAGCACCCUGGAGGCCCAGUCAAAGCCACAGCCGAGACAAAUCUUGUCACUGGCUUUACAGCUGCGCUGAAUAUCAUCCUGUCAUACGCGAGCCAUAACGCCUUCUUCAACGUCAUCGCUGAGUUGAAAGAGCCCAGAGACUUCCCCAAAGCCCUCACCCUGCUGCAGUGCAUUGACAUUACCCUUUAUCUUGUUUCCGGUGUCGUGAUCUACUACUUCGCCGGGGACGACGUCAAGUCCCCAGCACUCGGCUCAAUAAACCCAUUGGUGUCUAAGGUUGCUUACGGGGUGGCUCUACCAACAAUUAUCAUCGCCGGCGUGAUUAACGGGCACAUCGCGUGUAAGUCCAUCUACACACGCGUCUUCGCCGGCACCUCCCACAUGCACAAGCAGGAUUUCCGGGCCGUGGGAUCCUGGAUCGGUAUUGCGGUGGGACUUUGGGUCAUCGCCUGGGUGGUUGCGACUGCGAUUCCGGUUUUCAGUAACCUUCUUAGUCUUAUGACUGCGCUCUUCGCCAGCUGGUUCAGCUUCAGUCUUCCUGCUGCGUUCUGGCUGUUCAUGAACCGUGGCCUGUGGUUCUCGAGCCCAAGGAAAACUGGAAUCACCAUCUUUAACUGCCUUGUUUUCGGGAUGGGUGUUGUUAUGUCUUUGGGUACUAUCUUACUGGCUUGUAUAUGUGUUUCGAGUGGUAACGGAAAGUCUUCUUCGUGA